AUGGGCCCGAAACCCGGGCAGCACAACAAUGGCUUCUAUGGGCACUACCGAGGCCAGUUCAAGAAUGAGAGUGCCCUCGAGUACCGCCUGGCGGCCAAGCCCCAGCCCCCGACAGUCUUCCUGCAGCGAUGCAAGGAGCCAGUGCGGCAGCACUUCUUCUCCAAGCACGACAACCGCACUUCCUUCGACAAGGGUCCCUACUGCCUACUGCAGGGCAUCGGGAGACGGAAAAACAUGGAGCGCCUGUGUCACCGGCCCACCUUCCUGCACUGGGCCUCCAGCGAGCUGGAGCUCUACCAGCAGCGGCCCCUGGAAUCCUCCUACCAGUCCAACUUCCGGUUAUCCCCGGGACCCAGUGACGCCCCUCAGCGCCUCGUCCACUUUGUGCAGAUCCAUCACCCCCGCACCUGUACCACCUACCAGCAGAACUUCUGCCAGCCGUCCCAGAGCGGCCACUGUGGCGGCGACUGCGGGGGCCCCCCGGCCUCCGGCCCCAGUACCCUGACUAACCUCCCAAAGAUCCCCGGGUCCAAACCGCUGCAGCAUUACCUUCAUGAGGGGGUCUCCGAGUGUCUAAACUGGUCCAGAGCAUUAAACAAGGAUGGCUAUUGCCCUG